UGCUUCCGCAACAAAGACGUCGAUUCGGGUGGAUGUCUACAUAUAAUCGACCCGGUGUGAUCUUCUUCGUGCCGUGGACUCUUCAGGGUUGGCGUCAGGCUCUUCCUCUGUAAUCCGCACAAGAGAGUCUGCUUGAAGCACAGUCGAAUCAGAGAUUGUAUGAAACAAACGAUUCAGUCGAUGAAAUCUCAGCCGGCGAGAGUAACGACGCCGAGAAAGUAGCGCACAGCCUAUACCAGCACCGCCCACGCGACGACGCAGCAGAGGCCAAGGCCGCCGAGAUGCAGCCGGAGCAGCGCGGCGGCGCAAACGCAGUCGGCGCAGCCGUUAGAAUUAACGGCGUCGCGGACCUCCUGCCGUUCCUGCUCGGCGUCCCCGUCACGUACCGCUUCGCCAAGCACAACGCUUCUCUGGAGGGAUUCGUCGCCGAACGCGGCUACGCCUGCGCCUGCGACUCGUCCUGCGGCUAUCGCCGCGGCGGCAAGGCCUUGUCGGCGGUGGAGUUCGAGAAGCACGCGGGGGCGAAAUCGAAGAACCAGAACGGCCACAUCUUCCUCCCCAACGGCACCUCGCUCUACGACCUCUUCCACACGCUCAGGGAGGUGCCCGCCGAGAGAUUCCCAGCGGCUUUCCGUGAGGCCGCCGGAGUGCCAAUGACGGUGCCCGCCGCCGCCGCCACCUGUCCGCCCCUUGCGCAGGGUCAGCCGGCGAGCAGGGAGCCGGAAUUGCUUCAGGCUAGCGACGUGAUGGCGGAGCAGCCUGCUUGGGCUGCGCCGGCGCAGCAGGCUUUCAACUUCGAUAUUACGAGCGAAGAGGCGAAUGCCGGCUUGUCUCUUCUUGACUUGAGGGGAAAUAAUCCAGCCUCCGAAGCGGAACCUAUGGAUGGCAUUGAAUGGCCUUCUACGGAACACAGCUUGAGUUUGAUAGACGCAGUAGAACAGAUCGAGAAUUCAGCCCGUGGUGACCAUGAGAUGCCUGAUGUGGUUGAGGUAAGGAUCACAACUGGUGAUCGACCUAGGGAUAUUGGCUUGUCGACAGCCACCCAUGUGAAAGUGAAAGUGAUGGAAACGAAGUAUCAGUCAGUGCGAACAUCAGAAACCAAGUACAAGCCAGAGAGUUUACUUAAGGAUGUCAGAGGAUUGCUGUCCACUGGGCUUCUUGAAGGUUUCAGGGUGACCUACAAGAAGAAUGGGGUGGAGAUGACUGGGCGUAUAGACGGACAGAGAUAUUCCUGUGGUUGUGUGCAAUGUGAUUACAGUAAUAUAAUGAAUGCAUGUGAGUUUGAGCAACAUGCUGGCCAGUUAACAAACAACCAAAAUGAUCAUAUAUUUUUGGACAGUGGAAUUUCGCUGUAUAAGUUGAUACAAGUACUUAAAUAUAAAAGACUUGACUUGCUUGGGGACCUGAUUGAAGAACAGACUGGUCUCGCUCCAAAUCUGAUUGAAUAUGGAAAGUGGAAAGCUUCUUUUCAAGUGGAAAAUAAUGGUUUUGUUGACGCGCCUUCACAUCAUUGUUCAACUCAACGUUUGCAGGAGUCGGCUGCAGGAGUGACAAGCCAUAGAACUUUAGCCACUACUUCGGCAAAUUCCUUGAAAAAAUCUACUAGCAAUCACAUCUCAAACCUGAGCUGGAGUGCAUUCAGGAGGCCACGGUGGCAAUAUAAGCGAGGAAGUACUCAAACUUCAGCUCCAACCUUGAGUAAAAGCCCUGAGAAAGGAACUUCGGGUCUGUCUACAUGCACUUCAAUGAAAAGUGUCACUGUAGAAAUUCCUAGUGAGAACAUUACAGAUCCUCUUAGUCCUGAGGAUAUAAAGCCUAAUUUUGCAGCAGAUGCUGCAGUAAUAUCAACCUCAUCGGAGUGCGAUCCUAUAGAUCUAGCAUUUUCUUUAUCAAGCCCAAUUUCAAUUGUUCAAGAGCCACCCCUGAGUCACCACAUGGACUCAAAGACGAAAGAACCUCGGCGAACAAAAGUGAGGGAUAACUCCUUGCACCCGCUGGUUUUCAAGGAAGGCGGCCUUCCAGACCUUACUUUGUUGACUUACAAGUUGAAGCACGGAGAGGUUCUAAAGCAAGGCUAUAAACGGGGAGCAGGUAUAGUCUGUGAUUGCUGCAAUGAAGAGCUUACUCCUUCACAGUUUGAAGACCAUGCUGGAAUGGGGAAAAGACGACAACCGUAUCGUAACAUUUAUACCUCAGAAGGAUUGACACUUCAUGAGCUGGCACUAAAACUGCAAGACAGUUUAAAUUCAAAUGGAGUCAGCAGCAUUGAUUUCUCUGACAUUGAUGACCCUCAUAACAUUGCUACUUCAGGUUGUAGGAAAGAACCUUCUACCACCAGUACACCUCUCAUUGUUCCAUUGAAACGGACAUUACAAGGAAGAGUUGUUGAUACUGAGAGCUGCCAUUUAUGUGGCAAUGCCUGUACGACUAUUGGGGUAAUCGGUGAAGACAUGAUUAUCUUCUGUAACCAGUGUGAGAGGCCAUGCCAUGUGAAAUGCUACAAUAGUGGAUUCCAAGAAAACAACGAACCUCUGAAUGUUUUGAGAGAAUAUAUGCAGUGUCACUUCUUCUGCUGUAAAAAAUGUCAGUUACUUCGUGCUUCUUUGCACCAAGAACUAAAUAAGCGGGAAAAGAUCAGACAUAAAAGAUCCAAUGUUUGUUGGCACCUUUUAAGUGGAAUGAAUCCGAGGCGUGAUGUGCAGCAGUUCAUAGAUCAGGUUAUUGGAAUCUUCAAAGUUGCAUUCCCGGAAACAGCUGACCCGGAAAGUGAUAUCAUACGAGAUAUGGUUAUUGCCACGGAUGUAGGAGGAAAAAAUGAUUUUAGAGGAAUGUAUUGUGCAGUACUAACCACAAGCAGUAAACUUGUUGUGUCAGCUGCAAUUCUGAAAGUGCGCACGGAAGAAGUUGCAGAACUUGUCCUUGUCGCUACACAUAAUGAGUGCAGAAAAAAGGGCUACUUCAGACUUCUCUUGAGACAAAUCGAAUCACAUCUGACAGCCCUGAAUGUUCAGCUUCUUACGGCGCACGUUGAUCCUGAAAUGGUACCAAUCUGGUCCAAGAAACUUGGCUUCACCAUUUUAUCAGAUCAAGAGAAGUCGUCACUGCUAGAGGCACACCCCUUGGUGAUGUUCGAGGGCCUAACAUUGAUGCAGAAAUCAUUAGCUAUCAAGCCUGAUCUCGAGGUUUUGAGUAACCAAGUUACAAUGGGAGAACCGAGUGCACCUGAUCUCAAGAUUUCGAGUAACCAAGUUACAAUGCGAGAACGGAGUGCACCUGAUCUCAAUGUUUUGAGUAACCAAGUUACAAUGGGAGAACCGAGUGCAGUCUUUGUAGCUUAUGCUCUCUAAUGAAUGAUUAGAAGCUCGACCUUUGUAUAUAGGGCUUUGUAGCGUAUAUGUAACGGCAUAUGCUCUCGUGUCCGAGUGCUUUAGGUGCCUCAUGUCAAGCCUGUGAAGUCAGUUUGGUAUAUCUUAGAGGUUAAUCCGUAGCAGUAGUGUGUUGUGUCAGCAGGUCGUUUUUGGUGGAAAAUUUUGAGCUCUUUGAGUCUCUUAACAAUAAUCAAAAGGCCGGACAGCAUCUUGAGCCGUGAUGCGUUUCUGAGCUAAAA